CUGUACCUGCAAGUCCCCCUCCCCUGCACACACACAUAACACAUUGAUUGUACAAGGGAGGAGGACAUUGGGGUGGAGCAGCGUUGCGUGCUGCAGCGAAUACUCUGUAGGUCGUUAACGCACCGCGGUUCGUCUGUUGCAGAACAGAUGUAGGUCGGUGUGUGUGUGAGUAAGAGAGGCGACAAUGAGCCGUAGCUGGUGUGUCUGUGUGUGAGAGGAGCGGGAGUAGAAGAGAGAAAUACAGACAGACAGACAUGGAGGACUCUGAGUCCGGUGGAGAAGAUGGUAUGGUCGGCGGCUCGCGGUGGAAUAACCGAAACACCGGAGCUCGAGACCAGACUCAGCUAAGGCAGAAGAUCCGGGAUUUACCGGGACUGUUGAAACAUGGACUACACCUAAGGAAGAAAAGCUCACCGGAUACCAUCCCCGGACCCAGCACCAGCCCUACUGUUCACAAGUCCUGCUCCCAGAGUUUCCCGUGUGCAGGGCGUGCGGUGAGGAAUGCAUUCCUGUCUCAUGGUCCAUACCCUGCUAAAGACAAGAUUCACCUCGCCAGGAUCAUAAGGCGGAGCUACGUGGGUGUAGAGCUGGUCCAGUGGCUGUGUGAGCAGUGUGUGUACGUGCGCUGUCGGAGUAUGGCCGUGCGCGUCUGGCAGGUCCUACUGGAGCUGGGCAUCCUACUGUCUGUGGACCAGCGUGUGGUGUUUGGGGACUCUAACUCCUACUACCAGUUCAGCUUUGAGGAGUGUGAGUCUGCAGCCUGCGAGUUCUGCGGCCUGGAGAAGGAGGCGUGGCCAGAGGCUGUUAGGCUCCUCCUACAGCUUGUCCCAUACGUCCAGUUCAGAACUGGGUCUGAGGAGGACUCUGAGGGGAACAGAGAUGUCUGCGGGGACAGCUUUCUCCAGAUGAAAGCACUAGAGAGACUCACCGCCACGGUCCAGAAUGAGUUGGCUGCUGCUCUUGCCCGCAAGGCUCGCAAAGCCAUGGCAGAGCAGGGUGGCCAAGAGUCACCAGACUCCACCCCCCGACAGUCACCCACAACCAAUGAGGAGAACACCAUGCUGGGGGGGGGGUGUUCGCUCCGUGGCAACGUGGGGAGUGUGUGUGUGCGGCCGGACGGUGUAUGUGGCCGCGAGGAGCUGACCAGACUAGAGCUGGUCCAGAGACUGGCUAAGGACGGCUGCAGACUGUUACAGAACCAGAACUACAUAGUACCAGACCACCGCAACCCCACCGGAGAGGCAGUAGGGAGGGUGUGUCUUAAGGAAAGGGGUCGGGACGUCCUAGUGCUACAGAGAGUGACAUCACCUAACCCCGCUUCCUCGCCAUCAUCAGUGACAUCACCUGACCCCGCUUCCUCGCCAUCAGGAGGAGGGGCCAGAGAGGAGGACGGAGAGAAGAGGUAUGUGGUGGUGUCUGGAACACCCCUGAAGAUUCUAGAACACCUGCUGAGUGACCUACGACUGGAUGACCAGAGAGGAGCACCGGAGAGCAGAGUGUCUGAGCUGCUGCUGGAUGACUUCCUGUUGACGUACCUAGUGUUCAUGACGACCAACGACCUCUGUCAGGCCCUGCUCGGACACUACAGCAGUAAGCGUGUGCAUGGUCAAGGUCAGGAGGAUGGAAAGGAGGCCCUCUAUAGGAAGAGGAAAGUACUACACCUAGUUGCUCACUGGACACGCCUAUAUAAGGACUUCCUACGAGAGGACGAACACAUCAAGGCAUUCAUGAAGACUCUCUCCAGGUGUGUGUUAGAGGAUCUUUAUGAGUUUCCGUCUCUGGAGAAAGACAUGAAGGAGUUCCAGAAGCUUCUACGACGUAGACACACAGUGGAUGAAUGUCCUCCACAACAAAAGAGUAAGCCUCUGUUCCAGCAGCUCAGUUUAAAGGAGAACAGUCUGCCACUCCGCUUCCCUCGGGCUGACACCAAAGAGGUGCUGUGUCGUGUGUAUGUGAGUGCUGACUCGUACCUGUGUGUUUACACACACUCUUUGCUGAGCGUGGCAGAGCUGCUGAGGAUUGUGGGUCAGAAGAUGGACCGACCAGAGGAGGACAUGGUGCUGGUGACACACACACCUACUGGAGAGAGGAGGAUGUUACAGGCUGGUCAAUAUGUGUAUUCGGAGACUUUGACGCCACAGAGCAAACUGAUGGUCUGUCGGAGGGACCUCACACAUAUUAUGGCCCCUCUAACAGACAGUGAGCUGAGUAGGAGAACAGUGAGGUUGCUGGGUAUCAACACCUGGGAUAUGGCUGCUGUUCUCACACAACUGGACUGGAACCUCUUCAACUCCAUACACGAGCAGGAGUUGGUGUAUUCCACAAUGAGCUGUAGUACUGGAGGCAGCCACCGGGAGGGGCUGUCUGUAUUGCUGCAGCGCUGUAACGAGGUCCAGCAGUGGGUUAUGUCUGAGGUCCUGAUGUGUGUGUCACUCAACAAACGAGUCCAGCUGCUCAAGAAGUUCAUCAAGAUUGCAGCGCACUGUAAGGCCCAAAGGAACCUGAACUCAGCGUUUGCCAUCAUCAUGGGACUCAACACAGCAGCCGUCAGCAGACUCAACAUAACCUGGGAGAAAGUUCCGGGGAAAUUCAAGAAGAUCUUCUCUGAACUGGAGCUGAUCACAGACCCGUCUCUGAACCAUAAGGCCUACAGAGAUGCCUUCAAGAAGAUGAAGCCUCCUAAGAUCCCCUUCAUGCCUCUGCUGUUGAAAGACAUCACCUUUAUCCACGAGGGAAACAAAACCUUUCAGGACAACCUGGUCAACUUCCAGAAACUGCACAUGAUCGCCGACACAGUGCGUCUGAUUCGCCACUGCCAAAGCGACCAACUCGGUAACGAGGUGGUGGGGAGCGACAGUGCAGAGGUCAGGGCGAGCGUUCACUACCUCCACAUCAUCGACAAUCAACAGACACUGUUCCAACUGUCACACAAGCUGGAGCCUCGCGCCUGAACACACACACUCCUAGAGGACCUUCACAGAAAAUACACUUGGUGUUGAAGGUGCCAUGCAAGCCACCAGCUCUUAGCCAAUCACAGUUCAGCAUCCUGAUUCUACACCUGCUUCUACAUCUGCAUUGCUUGCUGUUUGGGGUUUUAGGCUGGGUUUCUGUACAGCACUUUGAGAUAUCAGCUGAUGUAAGAAGGGCUUUAUAAAUACAUUUGAUUUGAUUUGAUUCAGCCAGCCAACCACAGAGCUGCACACUGAGGCGGCGUUCAGACUUAAAAUGUAUAUCCAUCAACCUGAUUCAGAUUGUUUUUCUGUGAAGGUCAAACUUUGACAGACGACAAAGACCAUGGAGAAGACAGACGGCCAUUCGUUAUUGUUCUGUCAUGAAUACUAUUUUUAAGCUACUCUCAAGAGGAGUUUGUACAGCUACUGAGAUUGUGUGUUGUUCUGUUUCUGGUCUUAAGUUAACAAUUAGUUUCAUUGUAUUAAUUAUCCACAGUAGGGAAACAGUCAAGAGACUGCAGAUAGUAACUGUUAGUAUAUGACUGGAAGUCAUGCAGUAGACGUACAGUAGAUGUAUACUGUAUGUGUUCAGGCCACAUGGUGAGAUAUGCCUCUGGAUGACACAGUGCCAAAUGUCCGGAUGAGGGAGAGAUGCCAUAUACAGAUUACACACACAUCCCUUUUUAUUUGUACCUGUAGAAACCACAAAGCCCUCAUCAUUUCUGGUCCUGUCAUACCAUAACACAAAGGUCCUACUAUUACACAUUCUUAUUGGACGGGUAUUAUAGAGAUUAUUAUUAUUACAUUGUUAUUACACUUUUACUGACUGAAGAGCGAUAGAUAUGCUGUUUCAAUGCCUGUUACACACAGAUUUCACUAAGCAACAUGGCAUUGGUUCAAACCUAGUCAAUGCAUUCAACACUGAUCAAGUACAUCACUGUUAAGGCCUGGUGUAUUCACACUGACUGAUCAAGUACAUCACAUGACGCUAAGGUACAGUGUUCAGGUGUGUAGAAGCAGGGCAGUAGUGCUAUAUAACUAUUUAUUGUAAUAUUUAGUUUGUUUCUCUAUAGAAUGUGACAGUCCUGUGUGCCAUAUCACACUGGAGCUGUAUAAAGACAGACCUCGGUAAAGAUUUGCAGGACAUAUGUGUAAAUACAUUGAACUGUGUCCACGAAGGUUUGCUGGUUGAGCUGAAACGCUGGAAUGUUUAAAACAGGAGACUAGGGAGUGGAGUUGGUCCAGGGAUUGUUACUGUCCUAUGUGAUUUCAAAAUGAGGGGAAAAGAGAGAAAAAGACCAAGAGGCAGAGGGGUGUUGUUUUCUUGCCAUGAUGAUGUAAAGUUCUGUUUUAAAGAAUGUUGUUAUGUUGCAUGACGUGACAACCCCACCAGAUCACAAUGCAAGAUGACACUAAGAGUGUGUCCCAAAUUGCAUCCUAUUUCCUAUAUAGUGCAUUACUUUUGACCAGAGCUAUGUGGCCCUGGUCGAACAUAGUGCACUAUAUAGGGAAUAAGGAGCUCUGGUUAAAAGUAGUGCACUAUAUAAGCCAGGGAAUAGUGUGCCAUUUCAGAUUUGCUCUAAGGCUUUAUACCACUGUAAUAUUGUUGAUUUGUAAAUAUGCAUAAUGUUAUUAUGAUGCUUGAGAUGUUAUUAUUUAUCUGUUUUAAAGGUAGGCCUACAUUCCACAAUAUGAUGUCUUCAUACACAGCGGGAGAAAGAAAAGAGCAGAGCAGUAUGUUCCCCGUCCCUAACUGCUGAAGCCACACGUCUUUUCUAAAGAGAGGUUUACUACGUCAAAGUUUUACUGGCGAUUAUGAAUAAAUUAGAGCUUUUAUGUCAUAUUAAACAUUGUGUCAAUGGUCA